AUGGAGAUGAUCGAUAGAGAUGAUGAUGAUGAGAUAGACAGAUCGGUCUCCAAACCCCUGAUGGAGAAGAAAAGACGGGCACGGAUCAAUUUCUCUCUGGAACAACUCAAGCUCCUGCUGGAAAAACACUAUUCCCAUCAGAUCCAGAAACGCAAGCUGGAAAAGGCAGAUAUUUUGGAGCUGAGUGUCAAGUACAUGAAAAGCCUGCAGCGCUCUGCCCAAGGGAUGCCGGGGAUGAAGAACGCCGAAUACCAGGCGGGGUUCUGGAGCUGCCUGCGAGGCGUGGAGCGGUGCCUUCUGCGCCCCGAAGCACCUGGCGAAGGCUCGGGGCUCCAGCUGCUGUGCGAACUCACCCAUGUUCUGCCUGGUAGUGGUGCUGGCGUCACUUUCAGCACCAUGGACAGCAGCCCUCUGCCCACAAGCACCGCUGGAGCCCGGCUGGAUGGCCCACCAGCGCAUCCUGCACCUGGACCCCGGAGAGCUCAGCAGCCACCCAAACCCUCUGCUCUGGCCCAGGCAGGGGAAAGUGCCCUUCCUUUGAAGGGGGGCCAGUGCCAGGGGAUCGGUGGGCAGCAGAACCAGCCAGCUGUCCUCCAGCACAGCCCCCAGCUGUGGCGACCCUGGUAG